AUGGACGAGAUCGCCGCCCACGCCCACCCGUCGCCGCCCUCGCACGCCCGCCGCCUCUGUGGUCUCGCUGCUUGUCCUGACAGCCGUGACGAUGCGGUCAGUUACCCCCUCCUCCUCCCCCUUUCGGAUCUACGCCGAUACUAUGGCUCCCCCGUGCCCUUGCCAGCCGUCAGAAUCUCCCCUCGCGAGCCCUGCCUUAUCACGGACGAGCCCCCCGGCCCUUCCCCGCAGCCCUGUCUCAUCACGGACGCGCCCCCAGCUCUCCCACGCAGCCCUGUUUCAUCACGGACGCGUCCCCAGCCCUCCCACGCAGCCCUGUUUCAUCACGGACGAACCUCCGGCCUUCCCCCGCAGCCCUGUUUCAUCACGGACGCGCCCCCAGCUCCCCCACGCAGCCCUGUUUCAUCACUGACGCGUCCCCAGCCCUCCCACGCAGCCCCGUUUCAUCACGGACGAACCCCCGGCCUUCCCCCGCCGCCCUGUUUCAUCACGGACGCGUCCCCAGCCCUCCCACGCAGCCCUGUUUCAUCACGGACGCGCCCCAAUCCCUCCCCUGCAGCCCUGUUUCAUCACAGACGCGCCCCCAGCUCUCCCACGCAGCCCUGUCUCAUCACGGACGCGUCCCAAGCCCUCCCACGCAGCCCUGUUUCAUCGCGGACGCGUUCCCAGCCCUCCCCACAGCCCUGUCUUAUCACGGACGCGCCACCAGCCCUCCCCCGCAACCCUUUCUCCUCGCUUACACGCCCUAGUCCCCCCGCGGUCCUCGGCUAA